AUGGCUUACCGGCUCCAAGGACUUCGGAGCUGCGACCUGACGGCCCUGAUUGCAGCCCUCCAGGCAGACAUGAAGCUCCAGAGCGGAAUGGCCUACCACAGGCGAUUGGCCAACCGGACUUUUGUCAAGCUCAUCGUGAAGGCCGGUGGACGAGUGCGGGGAUUCUCCAUGGAGGGUGCCUGGCUGGGAGACAGGAAGAGGCUUCUGUCCGGGUUGGAGGUCACUGAGGUGGCGGACUUGGAGCAGACAAUCCUGCCCCUGGAAGAGCAGAUGACUCAACUCUGGACUCUGCUCCGUGCGGAGCCCUGUGCGGUGGAGCAGUUCCUCCUCUCCGUGCUGCAGCCGGGCGUUGGGACCGUGGAUGUCAGCGACCACCAGCUGACAGCAGCGGGCCAGGACCUGGCGGGAGAGCAGCUGUUUGGACUCUGCCUCGGCUUCAGCGGGACUCCCAACGACCUUCUGCCGAGUCGCUUGGGUCGUUGUUGCUAUGCGGAUGGCGUUGACGGUCGAAUUCUUGGAACUUUGGCCAACACUGACGUGGUCAGCGUGGUGGAAGUAGAUGCUGACUGGACACCGCGAGCUCUUUUAAAGCUCGCCGCUGGUGUCGGUGGCCCCUGCUUCAAUGCUUUCAUUGAUGUGGGAGCACUGAUCACUGGGCUCAGCAACCAAGAGACGGCUGACUACCUUCUCCGCGUUGGUCUACAGGACUUUGCUGGUGUUGUAUUCUUCAGCAUGAAUGGCGAGCGACUUGUCCUUCUUCGUGACGGAUGGAGGGUUGUUGAGCUGGCACAGUGCGGACUUGCCCCAUCUCAACGUUUUACCUUCUAUGACCACGUCCACACGACGGGCAUGGACAUCAAGCAGCCUCCUGCAGGGCGAGCGGUGCUUACCAUGAACAAGGACACAACACUGCGAGAUUUUGCCCAGGGAGCUUAUCGCAUGCGCGGCCUGGGUGCUGGACAGCGGAUUUCCGUACUGAUGACUCCCGAGGUAGCAACGCUUGUGCAUCAAUGCCGUAAGGCUUGCAGACUUGCCAGCGGGCGUAUCUCCGUCACCUUGGAAAACUUCCUCAGCCCAAGCUCGCCGACAAGCUCACCCACACGACAGCAGGAUGCGGACCCCGUGGUCUAUGUGCUGGUCUGGUCGACGGCCAACGGCAUCCGUCAGGAAUGCCGCAAGCAGCGCCUGCUGUGCCAACAGAACUUCCGCGACGUUUGGAAGCGAAAGGCCCGGCUCAAGCUGGAGAGUGUGGCCGUGGCUGCCAUUGACCCCAACAACAAAAGUGCCGUAGACAGUCUUCGCGCUGUCUCCACACAGGUGGCGCUCGAGGAUCUCAGGAGCCGACCUGAAUUUUUCGGAUUGCCGGCCAGAGCAGAGCUGCAGAACGAAAAGGAAGCCGGUUUGCAGGAGAAGCUGCGGAUGGAGCUCUCCAAGCGGAAGUUGAGUCCAGCUGAGCGUACAGAAGCCGAGGCUGUGCUGGCGGAUUGCUGGCCCCCAGAAUGCGAAAUUGACUGGUUUGACGAGGCACCCAAGGGCGAUGCCAUGGAAGGAGAACAAGUCCAGGAAGAGGAGCAAGAAGAAGAGCAGGAGCAAGAGCAGGAACAAGAACAGGAAGAGGAACAAGAGAAGGAGCAAGAACAGGAGGGCCUCCCUGAGGAGCCAGCCAAUGAGAAGUUCUCCCGUGCAGAUGAGCGACAGCAGCCCUGGAGUCUCGGCAGCCUGGGCCACCUGCCCAGCAAGUCCUUUACAAACUCGCCCGCGCCCCCCUUCUACCCACUCUCAGAUUUCGCAGUGCAUCGUGGCAUGAUGGGAGGGGAUUGCAACUUCUUGGACGAGUUGCCUUCUUUCCUGAUGGUGAGCGACAACUACUACCGCAAGGCUAGGGGGGACGAGAGUCGUAUAAGCCAGACGUUCAUGGCCCUGUAUCCUGGCCAUUUCCACAAGCUUCGCCUGCUUUUUGAGCUACAUCGAUUGGAUGAGGGAGAUGCAUCGAGUGACAACAUCUGCGGUGAACAUCUAACUGCGCUUUACAAGUCAUUGGGUUUGUGGGGCACAGAAUGCACAGAUGAGUCUUGCACUUUCGGGGCCUUGCAGCGUGGCAUGGCCACCCAGUCCCUCUACAAAUACCAGGCAGGUCGUUUCUUUGUGGCUCUCAGCCUCGAGGAGGCCCAACAUCUUCGCGCAGCCCUCCAUCGCUUGGAAUUCCGGGGUGCUCCAGAGCUCUCGAAGUCUCGCCUGGCCCUGCGAUGCCUGGGACCGUCUCCACUCACAUUGGGUCACGAGAACCGGAGUCGCUUCGUGUUGGCCGCCUUCGGCGAGCCCCUGCAUGCAGCCCUGGCGCCCCGACAUGACCUGGAGGCAGCCGAGCAGUGCUUCCACUUUACCAACUGCGAUGACCUUCCGCGCUCACAGCUGCAUAUCCUUCUUCGGGCCAUCCGCCGGGCGGAGCCCGAGAAGCGACUGAGGUGGUGGCAGGAUCUCCGCCGGUGUCGUCGACGUACAAGGGAGUCAUGGAAGAGGCUACCGAUCAGCCCUGUGUUCGUGGAGAGAGAUGAAUUCAAGGCCUUGGCUAGCGACGCGCUACUCCAGCGGCUGCGCAGAUCUCUGGCAGAACGGCAGCUUUGGCCGGCAGACGUCUUUCACCUGCUGGACACUCACAGCUGCGGGAGCCUGGGGAUGGCCGAAGUCGAGCGUGGAUUGGAGUGGAUGCUGGGCAUUGAGAAGAAGUCGUCAGCCUCGUCGCUUCGCAUUGGAGCGCGCUUCCCUGCAUUGCUAGAUGCACUCUUCCGCGCAUUGGAUGAAGAUGGCGAUGGCCGCAUCAACGUGGAGGAGUUCAAGGCGGCUUUGGAAACUGAUGGGUAG